AUGCCCGAUCUACAGUUCACAAUGGAAGAGGAAGUGGAGGACAAACUUCCAUCCUUGGAUGUUCUCGUCUGCCGCCAACCAAAUGGCGAACUAGCGACGUCGGUCUACAGAAAACCGACGAACACGCUGCAAAUUCUCAGCUACAACAGCAACCACCCGCCACAACACAAACGAAGCUGUGUCCGCACGCUGUACCGACGGGUGGAAACUCAGUGCAGCACGCCAGCCGCCAAACUGAAUGAGAUUAAGCUCCUCCGAGAACUUUUCAGAGCCAAUGGCUAUCCACGGGCAUUCAUUGAACGAAGCCGGAGGCAGCCAAAGAAACGGAACGAGGAGCACAGUCAGCCAAACUCGUGGCGGAGCAUUCCGUACAUUAAAGGGGUCUCCGAAGUCGUGGCUCGAUCACUCGCGCCACUCGGAAUAGGUGUUGCCCACAGGCCUGACUCAACAAUCCGCCGGCAAGUGAUGCGGCCGAAAGAUCCGAUCCCUAAGCAGGAGAUGUCGGCCGUUGUCUACCGACUUCAAUGCAGCUGCGGAAGUUGCAAAUACGUUGGGGAAACCGGCCGACGGCUGCAAACGCGAAUGCACGAGCAUAAGUUGGCCGUGCGAAGGUUGGACCCAAAGUCGGAGGUAGCAACCCACGCCGCGCAAAUGGGACACAUCUUCAACUUUGACGCCGUUGAGAUUGUGGGCCGGGGCAGCGAUCACACAGCAAGGCAAGUGCAAGAAGCCUGGAUGUCCACCGACCGCUCUGUCAACCGCCACAUCAAUUUGCCUCCCCCUUAUCUGACUUUACGAACCUUCUUAGCGGGGGACAGUCACGGCGCGGGACAAUCGGGGCCGUCAGUCAUCACCGCGGCCGACGGGGGCGAUUCAGGUCACGGUGACAUGCGGGUUGGAUGCAGCCACACAGGCGGCAUUGGCGGAUCACGCAUUGGACAAAGGGCGCCAUAAUAAGGAGUGCUGUGCACAGGACCUCCCAGUCCCUGAAGAUGGGUAGACGAGUAAACUACCCGAAACGUCGGAUCUCAAAUAAACCCCUCCCGGUGAACGCCCACUCUUCUUUUGACCUAACUAUAACCACUAAUCCUAAGCCCUAACCCCUAACCCCAACCCCUGCAAUAUUGUGUCCAUCAGGUGGGGCUACCAAACCACAUCUCACCUGCUGGGACUAAUUUAAAGUAUAAUGUCAGUUCGCAAAGUUCUCCUUUCAUGACUAGUUUUAUCGCGCCAUUCCGACACCACCUAAGCAUUCGUCAUAAUUUUGUGUUGGGAUCGUGGUGCUUGACACAGUUUGUUCAAGAAAACGCAUUUCCUGCGCACUAUACCCUUAGGCUGGAACGUUGCAUAGAAAAUUGUCGAACACCCCGGAUUCGAGAAUGAAUUGAGUGUUUCCUAUCCCUUUUCGAUUAGUGACGAUUUACACUUGCAAUUGGGCCCCUGAGCAGGAGAACAAACUUUUGCAAAAUCUGCAUGUCGUUCUUCAAAAAAGUGCACUAAGUGUAGCACAAUUUACACACGUAGACAUAAACUCAAAAACUAAAUAACUCGCUAUCCACACGAGUUUCUGCCUUCAUUACUUCUGGUUUUACAUUCCAGACGACGUACUUCAGAGUGCAGAAUCAGACUCAGGCUGUAAUCAAACUGCUGAUCGCUACCGAGGCAAGAGAACGCUCCCGGUAAUUGAUUGGACCGAAUUCUCCAAUGGGCUUCGAGUACCAGCUCGACUGCAAACGGUUGCACAGGCACCAGGUAUCUGUCUAGCUGCCUUCCCAGCCGUAUUUCACUCAAGUUUGUAAUUAGCCUUAGUGGAAAUCAUUCGAAAUAUGCAAAAUCCUUUUACGUUCGAAGUCGAAGACUCGACCUUUUUCUGCAUUUCGACCACCUGAGUUAGGGUUAACGCGUUCUGCCGCAGGCUGGUGUACGUGGAUAACACCCGAGGCUCGAUCCCGCGACCUGUUAGUUAGAAGUCCAACGCCGCUAACCACUGAGCCACGGGCUUUUUGUCCUAUCGGUUGCCAUCAGGAAUAUACAAUGGUAAAGGCACGCUCACCGAUCGUUCUUACGGAACACACUCGUCCCGUUGUGCCUUACGGGCACAGUGGUUAGGGGCUUUGGACUUCUAACCAACAGGUCGCGGGAUGGAACCCCACGUGUUGUACGCCGCAGCUUUGGGUACGACUGGGUGACGACCGGCUAAUAAGUCAGAAAUGGCCAUUCCAGCUGUCCUUGUCUUUGUCCGUAAUGUCAUUUCGCCCAUAUCAUUCGCCGUUGUGUGGUUGCUGCUGGUGGUGAGGGACAGGGAGAGAGAGAGAGAAAGUGAGCCCCAAGGCACAGCGGAACGAGUGAGUUCCACAAAUCGGUUUCUGUAGUGUCUCUGUAUAGCAUUAGCAGAGUGAGAACUCAAUCGUAGAGCUCAGGGCCAAACAACCACACUGGACUUAAGAAGGCCAUACGGAGACAGCCCGACGGCGAGUUUACUCGGUGAAGAAGAACAAGAACCGUCAGGCCGACCACCCGACACUGGUUCAAUCACCUCCCCCCGGCGGAGUGAUAAUUCACAAAGCACGCAGACAAAACGCCCGUCAACCAUACCCCGAGAGGCCGAGGCAGCGAGAGGGGAGAAAAAUCGAUUAACACGAGGCCGACCUACGUGACAUGCCACCCGGGAUUUCUAGUCAAUUAAGUGCAAUUUACGUUUUGUCAAUGAAGAGCCGACCAAGCUCUUCAAAAAGUCAGCAUCUAAAUAAACCUUUUCUGGUGAGUCCAUCUUCUUCAAAUAAUAAACCCGGAUCUCUCCACUUUGCCAAUCUGAGUGAGAACUCAAUUAAGCUGAUACGAGCCUGCACGGCUCCCGGACACAAAAUCGGACAACCGUCAUACCACCAGUCUACGGAGUAUUCUUUAAGCAAGCGGACAUAGUAGGCUAUGCAGAGGAAAAGGCAGACGCCACAACUAGCACGAUCGCCCCGUCAGCUUUACUUGCACACAAGAUGGUCACGAAGGGCGCGCCGAUCUGACAACUAAAUGAUAAGCAGCAGUUUCGUUGGGUCUGCCUGCAGUACGUCGACGCCACCUCCCGCAUAAGAACAGUGGUAGGCAUGUUUACCGGCUGAAGCGGCGGCUAAGUAAUUAGGAGGGCGGACAAAGUGCUGCGAUCGUCCAGACCGCCGCUAAGAAUACGGCGGCCGUUCUUACCUAGGAAUAUCGUUUGCACUCAGUCCUCGUUAAUGGACUGUGGAUCCGACCGCCCGAAACAUCAGUGGGGCAGCAUAAUGUCGGAAUGCAGGCAUAUCCUGGCGCCUGCAUCAGCGUGCAAUGGCCGCAUGCUGGACGCCAGCCCCCCUAACUUGCAGUUCGCAAUUUUCUCAUAAAGAAAAUGAUUUAAGAUUUAACUUUACAAGCCACAUUCGUAAGAGCAGAUACAUGACGUUUCAUGAACGGCCAUUGAACGGUAUUAAAUAAUCUCACAAUUAGAAACUUUUUUAAAACCGAAUUAUACUCUUCUUUCGAGUAUGAAUUUGGAAAAAGACGUGAGUUUCUACCGAAUAAGUAAAAGAAGGAAUAUUUUUAUGCAUGUUUUCCAUGAAAUACAAUUGAAUUUUCAAGGGCAUCGAAAAUCAAUGAGAAAAUUGCAUACUACUUAAGUAGUCAUUUGUGCAGAGUAGAGAUCUUGCAUGCAGCCGAAAAUGAGUUCUUUCGAAAGCCAACACCCUGAGGUAACUGGAUCAUUAUAGAUUUAUGCUGCAUCUUGAUAAGUUUUACAACACUAUUUAAUUUAUCUUUUCGAAACGAGAAUGCAUUUCGAAAUUUUGGUUGACAUUUUAUGAGUUAGCACAUCUACUGUAAACGUGAGUUGUAUUCACAAUCAUCCAAAGAAAAUGGGUCAGAAUGACAUUUAGCACAUAGUAGGGGGCUGCAUUUGUUCGUUUUUCCCCAAGCCGACUCUCUUGGUCUGGAAUAGGUUCCCCGUCUGCAAAUGCCGCCUGUCUUGUCUUAAGUCCUACUGAUCACUGCGAUGGUGCCUCCGUGUUACGGAAUGCCGAAUUAGAACGCCGGAGACGUCAAGAGACCUCGAUAUAUCACGCAGGGUUCAUUUUCAAGAUUCAAAAACUUCGUGCACUCCUCAGGAGAUUUUGUGAAAAAAGUGGUUGAGAGACAGAUGAAUGCGGGGUGAUUUCCAGGAGAUAGUUAAAGGUAUACGAAGCGCGGUCUCUUAAACAUGAGUUGUAUUCGCCUGUCAUUUCGGACUGAAACUACAACGCAUCAUCAGAGAAGGCAAGAGAUAGGAACCUCUGGCUGUCUCUAAUAACAGAUGUGAGUGUGAAGGCGAAUGGUCUGAAGGAUGAAAUUCUCUUUUCCGGGAUCCUCUCUCCUUCCCACGAGGUCUGAGGACAUAACCGAGUACUCCGCGCCUCCUGCAGUAUAUGUGUUAACUCACGAAAUUUUAGCCGAAAUCCCGAGAUGCGUUUCUGACUCGAAAAGAUUACUUACGUAGGGUUUUAAUAUUAAUCACCAUGCAAUAUGAUCCAAAGAUACUCCAGUCACUUCAAGAUGCCAGCUUUUGUAUGGACUUCUUUCCAGCUGCCUUCAAGAACCACACUCUGUAGAGAAUGACUACUCAAUAAGUGUGAUUUUUUCUCAUUGAUUUCCGAUGCUCUUAUAAAGUCAAAUCUAUUUCAUAGAAAACAUGCCUAAGAAUAUCCAUUAUUUAACUCAUUUAGAAGUCGGUUACGUCUUUUUUAAUUUUUUACCUGAAGGAAGGGUGUAAUUCUGUUUUAAAAAAAUUUCCACUCAUGAGAUUUUUAAGACCCUGAAAUGCCCGUUAACGAAACCUCGUUGCUUGUAAAGUUUGCAAUUGGCUCAAAUCCGCUGUCGAAUUUUAUGAACCUCGUACGGUCUCCUCUUCAUAUCGUAUAGAAAUGUACAAUUAUCCGUAAACGCUAAAUAUAAAGCCUGUGGUUUUGAAAUCCUGAAUGCAAGCGCAGCGGCGGGUCAGGUUCAAAAUGAUUUCUGAGUUGAAAAGUUUCUCAAAACCGAAUUAUACCCUUUCUUCAAAUAUAAAAUUUAAAGAAGACUUUAUUUUAUACCAUAGUAAUAGAAGAAUCAAUGAUUUCAUGCAUAUUUUUUAAGAAAUAUCUUUGCGUGGCAUCGAAAAUCAAUUUAAAAAAUCCAUACUGCUGAAGCAGUAAGUAGUCCUCUAUGGUAUACACGCGGUACAACACCUAAAAAUUUCAUGCUUUGACUUAUUUCCUGCCAUUAUUUGAUAUUUCCGGACCACCUUUUGUUUCCUUGCGCAGACAAAACGCAAAAGAACAUCAGAUUAGGGCUGCUUAAAAGACCGCAAGUAAUUAGUAAGCCACAGUGCCUCGCGCGAGGGACAGUACGCAAACAACCGCGUUUCAAGCCACCCUUUGAACUGUUGUUUUGAUUUGUGGCUCUGCCAUUACUAGUAGUUCGCAGUUUGAUGCCUGUCACCGUCCGUGGCAUGCAACCUUCGCGUAGGUUGCCUAUCACAGAAGACGCCAGCACGCUGGGGAGGGAGGGGGGAGCUGUUUGAGCUUCUCUCCCCUUUUGGCCUUUGUCGCAGAAGCCCACUUUGUUUUCCUGUCAGGUGAGGGAUGCUUACCGCUACAGAAAACGACUCUCCGGAAUGGGCGACGACGCCCAAAAGCAUACGCGUUUUGACAAGUCGCCAGCUCAGAAGUACGCAACUUGAUUGGUGGUGGUGGGGGGGAUGGUGCUGUUUUGAUUCUAAGCCUGACUGCAUCGGGCGCACCAUUUCUUUUAGUGCGCACGUUUCUUUCGUCAGCUGACUGAAUGUGCAUACCUUUUAAGCUAGAUCAAAUAGAUGUUCAUUCUGCGCACGUCGCUGACGUUUCCGUGGCGUUUGCAAGUAUUUUGAAUGCACAAAAAGAGCUUUUUUUAACUAGUAGCUUCUGUAAUUUUUAUUGUAAACAACAAUUAAAACUACAAAGAAGCAGUAGAUACGGGAAAAACCUAACUCCAGACAGGGGGGGACUUUGCGUGUCCUACAAAUGGCGACAUUGAAACGGUAUGGGUAAGGCAAAUUGUUGUAUAGACCCAGUACAAAUAAAGCUCUCGCCAAUAUCAGGUCGCUGUGGCGCGAAUAAACAUUCCGGCAAAGGUCCGUUAGAAGGGCUUGUCGCACGUCGGGCGUGAUGCGAGAGAGGAAAAAGGAAGUACCGUGCGUGACCGAUCUCAUGAAAUGUUGGCCAAAAUUAUGGAAUGCGUUUCCGAUUAGGAUUAUUUAAGUGGGUUUGUUAUACUGAUUAUCAUGCGGCAUGACCCUAUAACAUUUUGGACUCGCCAGUAUGUUGGCUUUCCAAUGCAAUUUUCUGACCUCCUGGAUAAACCACACUCGGUGAAAAAGGACUACUUAAGCAGCAUGCGUUUUUCCUACUGAUUUUCGAUAGGCUUAUAAAUUCAAAUAUAUUUUACAGAAAAAAUGCAUGAAAAUAUGCUUUCUUUUGCUUAUUUGGUAGGAAAUCACACUGUCUUCAUAUUGUAUACCCGAAGAAAGUGUGUUCACGAGGAACAUAAGUAAACGGACAUGUGCGGUCUUGCAUGAAUGAACAGCGCACGGUCUUAAAAAUCUCAUAAUUGGAGACUUUUCUAAAACCAAAUUGCGCACUUUCUUCAAGCAUAGCAUAUGGAGACAAUGUGAUUUCCUACCAAAUGGGCAAAAUAAAGCAUAUUUUUGUACAAGUUUUCUGUAAAAUAUAUUUCACUUUAUGAGAAUACAAAAAAUCAAUAGGAAAAAUGCAUUCUACCUAAGCAGUCAGUUUUCCCGAGUGUGGUUUCUGCAGGAGGUAGCAAAAAAGUGCAUUCAAAAGCCGACAUCCUGGCGAGUCCGAAAUGUUAUAGGGUUAUGCCUCAUGAUAAUCAGUAAAUAACACCACUUAAGCAAUCCUUCCUAAUCGGAAACGCAUUCCAGAAUUUUGGCCAACAUUUCAUGAGAUCAGUCACGCACUGUAGUUCCUUUUACCCCCUUGCAUCACACCGGACGAACGACAAGCCCUUCUAACGGACUUUAGCCCGGAACUAAUUGUCGCGAUCGACUAAAACGGACUGAGGCACGUGAGCGUGCUCGAUGAAGCAAUAAGAUCAGGCAACCUGCGGACACGAAAUACGCGUUAUUGUAAACCAAGUUUAAUUGUCGUUCCUAUUUUACCGUACGUAAACAAGAAUACGGUAAAGUUCAGGUGUACAAGAAAAUGCGAAGAAAAAACUGAAAAUGUGCAUCAAAUUUGAGUUAGAGUAGAUGUGAGUUCGGUAAUGACGUCUUAAAAUCAAGCCUUUAAGAAAUUACCCGAAUGUGAUUAAAUUCACGUCUCUCGGCGGGGCCGCGUAGCGCGGGUGGCUAGAGCGUUGACUGUACUAAAGCCUCCCCUUACUGUCAUGGGUUCGAAUUCCACCGAGGGUUUCACAGUUGGGCCACAAUGAAGCGCAUAACAAUCGAAUCCCACUAUUGUUUUUUAUAGCCUAGCUGGGUGAGGGCCGACCGCGGAAUUUUUAGGCGAGAAUAGCUGUCAGGAGACUAAUUACUAAAAGAUCCUGCCUAGGCGGAUUACCUUCCGUCCCUCCCUCUGUUUCUGAUUGGAUAACUAGUAACCGACCGCGCAUAGGCAGUUCGUCCUGUGGCCGCAGGUAUGAUUGAUGGAGUUUGUUUUGUCAUUAGGCUUGACGUUUGAUGUUUAUCGUGGCAAGUUCACAUAUUUCUGUGCUCCCACUGCUGCUAAUCUGUUGCCUAGCACAGGUAUGUGUGCUAUUUGCACGCAAGCUUAGUUCGCCUACGUAAAAAACUUACAAGGUCUUGGAUUCAACCUUAGGAAGGGGGAGGGGGAGGCGCAUUGGUAUGGGAGUUAGGCGAUUAUGCAAGCAAAUUCCGAAAUCCAUAGCGUGCAGUCCCUUCACUACACCAGUAAAUUAUGCCUAAAUAUGGAAUUGAAGUAAGAAGACGAGAGCGAAUGAGCAUAAAAUCGGAGGUUUAUAAAUUACAGCAAUUAAAUCAUGCUGGUUGAUCAUGUUUGACUUUGCCUUCUGGUAAUAAGUCGUAUCCGAAUAACGCGGUAUAAGGGUUGUCUCAAAGUAGGCUAAGGAUGCCAAAAGGCUAGAUUUAGAACGUUGGAAUUCCUGAAAUCUGACGAAUGCCUCAGAGUGGAGGAGUGGACCACUCGGGCUUCUUAAGUCUGAAUGUAUUUGGUAUGCACCAAAUGUUUUUUCCGCUAGUUGUUUUUAACCUGAGUCUGGGCGAUAUUUCAACCGGCCCCGUGUGCACAGCGGACUGGACGCAAAAUAACUUACGGACGACGUAGCACAUCCUCCCUUCCCUUCACUGUCUAUAGAAAAGCAAUAUCAAAGCAGUUGAGGGUGGGCGCGAGUACGGUGUCCGACAAAGCCAAACAGUCCGUCUACGCGUGCCAAGUGCGCGACCUGAUUCACCCUCUAGAUGUACUGGGUAGCUGGGAUCUCACAUACCUGAGAGUGUCCUAAAGGUCACCUUAACUGGAAGUGGCGGCCGCUUAACCGUCAUUUUUGAGGAAGUUCAGGCUUUGAGUCAGUUGACCGCGAUUCCUAGCGCGCCGGAUUUAUUGUUAGCGAGGGAGUUAGUGAAGUCUCUUGGGAUAGGAUUCCCGUCGGCGUCUUUAUUCUACCCAUCCUCCCCACUGACCGUUUCGCAUACCGUACUUUCACCCUAAAGUGCAUCGUAAGUCUACGCCAAGGCUUUAUUAAUCGUGUUCGUCGACGUAGAUUUUACCUGACUGGAUUGCGUCCUUCCACGUGUAAGUUCUGCUAAUGGACCUCUGGGAUAUGGUCGACCCUUAAUGGGCAAGUGUUUCAUAACGCACUAUUUCGCGAUUGACAGUCCGUCAAUACCUAACACAUAGAGUUGUUGCACUUAAUAUCAGAAUUUUGUUCAUAAAUCGCUCCACAAGUACACUUUUUAGAAUUUUAAUGCAGUUCAGUUUUGUAUUCUCUUCCCCUGGAGAUUCUAGACAAGGAUUCGGUUUCCGUGACAUACAAGAAUCCAUGAUAUUCGCCUUCCGCGAUAUUAUUGACCUAGCCGGGCAAAAUCAUCCAGCUCGUUUUCCAUAAUGACAUUUCAGGAUAGUAUUUUACUGCUUUUCUACUGAUGCGUGAAAUAUGCUUAAAUUAUUAAAGAACUCCUGUCCAAUCUGAAACUGUUUCAAAAGCAUCCACAAAAGCGUCAAACUAAUAAUAAACACCCUCUGGUUAAAUGUAAACGGAAAAUAAGUAUUAUUGACACUACUUCAUUGAUGAAAAAGGACAAUUUUGUAACAAAUGCGAAUGUCGAGGACGGAAAAAGUCGUAUCACAUGAAUAAAUCCGCUUUAUUGUUUUCACACACACGCUUUCAUUAAAUAUGCUCGACACCUAGUGUCAUAUAAGGUCAAACACAAAGUCAGUUGCCCAAAGUCCAGCCGCAGGUUUCCUGAUCUUUCCGCGCAAAAUAGAUACAAGCUUUCAUUUUUACACUGUCUAAUAUAAAGCUAUCAAAAGCAAAGGGCAUUUCGAUGAUUGGGAUGUCACGCAAAUAAAAAUUUCGGCAACGGUACAGAGUAGGACACCACUUAACUGUCAGUAGACUGCGGAUCACGCUAUAGGCGAUUUAUGGUAAAGGGCGUUUUAUGGGUGGGGCAGCACGCUAGGCAGUAAGCUGGCAGAAUGAAAGAAAACACAGAAAUUGCCUGGAUUUAUACCGCAAGUCUUAUCCUACGCUAUUGUACGACAACGGAAAUGAGAGUAGUAAGUAAACAAUCAAGUAAAUUUCAUAAAAUAAUGGAUUCUGAGUUAAGACAUGAGUUCGUGGGAAGUGAUCGUUGUUGAAAGUGUAAGUUCUGCAACAGCCUACAAAUGCUUGCCAGGAUAUAACCCCAUAUGACGUGAUCCACCGUCUAUUGACAGUUAAUUGGGGUCCUUCUCUAUACCGUUGCCAAAAUUUCAAUAGGUUCAUAUUGUUAACACGCAAUCGUGAACUUACCAUUUUGUGUAUAUUAAAGAAACGAUUUUUCCGUAAAAUAUAUUUCCGUUUUUCUGUUGGUGUAGUACGUUGACUUUAGGAUAUUCCUUGAAGUAUUGGUAUAGCCUUCACGAUUUUUGGUUUUAAAUCGAUUGCUCUAACAAGGUACCAAUUUAAAAAGAGCUUCAAUGCUGUAUUCUUUUGAUGGCUGUUCAUAUAAUUUACCUUUUGCACGAACAAGCCAAGAAUCACUUGUGGUUUCAGGAGGUUUAUUUACUUUCUUAAAAGAUACUGGCAUUUAUUCUGUUGAAAACUGAAUAAGUAACUCUUUCAUCAUAUUUCCGCUAUUUUCGUUAGCAAAGCUAAUUUUUAGUCUUCAUUUUACGAUUAUGAAUGCGCAGAAUACUCGCCACUUGAGUUUCAAAAUUAUCCAUGGGUAGGAACUAGACCGCGCAAAAAGCAUCUUCUCAUAUGUUCAAAAUGGAAAAUGAUCAUUUGAUGAUGAUCACUUGGACGGAUGCCACUGAGGUACUCGCAAAUGGCAAAUCAGUAUCGACAUGUUUAAACAAAACUAUUACUGCACUUAGGGCAUAAAUCUGCAUAGAUUUACAAAUUUCACUUUUAAAAAUCGAUAAAACGUCUAGCUUCCAAAAAUAGCAUCUUGUUAGUAACCAGUUUGUCACAAUUUGCUUUCAAGUGCAGCAAAUCUUCUUCGGUAAAACUCUUGAGUUAAAUUAGUCUCCGCUAAACGAAAAACGUGCUCGGAUGCAUACACUAAGCCUAGGACAACUAUAAACGUAGGUAAUUGUCCCAAUACAAUGCAAUGUUGAGUUUCGUUGGAAUUUAAAAUCAUCUUGCCUGACAAGAUCACUUGAAACAUUAAUCUGCACAAAACAGAACAUUUUCCGAAAGAGGCUGGGCAAAUUAGCAAAAUUCACAACGUUUUAGGUAUACGGUUAAAGACCAUCGACUUUAUGACUUGGAGAAACUUACUGAUUCUCGAGAUAGUUGAGCUGUUGAUAUUCGAUAAGUAGAAGUGGUUGCUGGUUCGCGCUAAGUACAUUCACAAAGGCUCUUUCGCAUAAUUAAAGACUUUCUCUCACUGCAUUAAAAUGUUAUCGCCGAUACGAACCCGGGGGUGGUUAGUACUAUUUCUCCAUCAACUUAUAAAUGCGCAACUUCUUUCGCCUCGAGUUUCGGAUUGAUGCCUUUUUUUGAAACAGCCCCUCAACCUGCCAGUGCCCGAAUGAGCGUCACACACAGCCGUGCCAGACAAUUUCAGCCGAAACCUCCUGAAGAUCGAGAUGUGAGGUACAGGUUCUCCUGCGGAAAGAACACGGAGGCCCAUGCAGUUGCGAUUGAAUGCAUGCGAGACACGAUGCAGGUACGUCGGUCUUGCCAAACUGUAUAUUUAACAGUAGAUUGCCAGAGUCUAAGCACUUGUUGCAUCUUCCUACAGGGCCUACAUUCCGUAGGAGGACGUGUUUUUCAUACUUUGUUUUAAAUUAUCGUUGCCUGACAGUCAUGACAGUUCGACCGUCGCGACCGACGGGGUCCAUCGUGGGCCCCCCGGUAGGCUGAGAGCAAGCCCGAAGACUUGCGCGUGGUUUCUUCUAUAGUGGUAGUAGACUUGUGCGCAAAUUCCCAUUGUAAAAUUCAAAAGGCAAUUUGACGAGCAUACGUCUGCCUUCGAUAAAUUCUUUUCACGCCUCUACAUUUAUAUGGCUAUUGAAGUAAUGAACUAAAGGUUUCGGCAAGUAAAUAAUUAAGCCAUAGGUCGGGUUUGGGGAGCGGAGGGGGAGAGUGAGACACCACAAUUCCAGUCAGCGCCAGGGAGAAGGUGGGUCCCGGCGAAGGUAAUUACAUGCGAGUGGCUGGCUUGGUGGCUUUGAGCCAUGGUAACUGUGGGACCUGUAUGAGGUUCUUCUGUGCGCAUAGGACCGGUCCCCGUAGCCUGAUUGCAGCCGCCUCUGCCGUAGCCAACAAGCGCUGUCCAAGCAGUUUUGGAUAGCUUGAUGGGACCUUGUAAAUCACUCUGAAGGCCUCUCUGGCGUCUACACCAUGGUCUGUGUCCACCAUGUGCGCGAGAAUUGGGCUGUUGAUGUUCUUUAUUUAACCCUUUCCUAACCAAGCUGGGAGAUGUUCUUUUAUUCUUUUGGACAAACGCCGGCUCGUGCGACCAAUAUAUUCUGCCCCACAGGAGCAGGUGAAUGAGUAAAUACAUAUAUAGGUGGUCUGAGUUAGUAGUUUGUCCUCGCCCUCUUCGUAUAGGAUGGGACUGGUGGAGAACAGUACACGGGUGUCAACUGCUGGAAAGGUCUGUGAUACAGACCAUAUAAAUGUACAGGCCUGAAGAGAAUAUAUCGAAGGCAGACGCAUGCACGCCAAAUUGCCUUUUAAAUUAUCGUUGCCUGGCAGUCCGUAGUAUAGUCAUGACAGUCCGACCGUCGCGACCGACAGGGUCCACCGUGGGCCCCCCCGGUAGGCUGAGAGCAGGCCCGAUGACCUGCGCGUGACUGCGUUUAUAGUGGUAGUAGACUUGUGCCAUACGUAUAUCUAAUGCGCCCAGUCGAUUAGACUAGGCAUAGUAUGCACAUAGAAGAGAAAGAGAGGAAUUUGCUUUAUUUUGAAAUCGUAUGUUCAAAAUUUUCAGCAAAUAUUGACUCAAUUCACUAUGGGCAGUAAAUAAGUUAAUAGAUUAUUCAAGAGUCAAAGUUUAACACAAAAAAACGAUUAAUAUGGGGAUAGUUCAAGUCUUAGCUUCUGUAUUUCUGUCUUUUCGCACGUAAGAUAGCGCGCUAGGAAUGGCAAUACAGAAGCUCGAUAAGCCGAUGUGCGACAGGAUAUAAGUCGGAAGUUGCGGCGCAUCGGGCGGGAAGACUUCGCAGACAUAAGAUCGGAAUGUUAGGGAUGGGCAACGUCAUUUAGAAUUCGACCAGCAAAUUGCUUGACCGCAUUGAAUAGUCGUUUUAAGAAAGUGUCGACUAAAAAAGAUAAGAAACACCAGCAGCAGAAGAGAGCAUGCGGAGGACUCGUUUCAAAAUUAAAAGAUCCUUUUUUAGCAAAGCAGGAGAAAUGACAGGAGAACAGUAUAGGAUAAGAGGAAGAAUGCAGACAUAAAUGAAUCGCCAGACUAAGGGUUGAGGUGUGUGGUAGGAACGUAAACGACGUAUGUAGUAAAGAAGUUUACGAACUUUAAUAAAUAGGGACUCAAUAUGGAGGGAAAAAGAAAGAUUUGAGGACAAAGUAACGCCGAGGUACCUGAAAGAGGAUACUUCGUCAGGAAGAAUGUAAGAGGAAUCAGGGUUAGGAGAGGGCCACAGUCAAAAAAUACACUGAACGGAUUUUUGGUUGUUCAUUAGGAGACCAUUUUCCUCCGACCACGCUAGGACAUGGUUUAGGCCAUCCUUUAGAGACCGGAGAUGUGUCUGACUUUUGAGAGGGUGUCCAAAAAGAAGAGGAAAAAAGUUGGCUGAUAAACAGUCUAUUUAGUCUGUCAAUCUCUGUUUUUAUUAAGACGGUAACGUCCUUAAGGCUAUCACGUAAGCUAAGCUUGUAAAGGAGUUCUUUUUUACGUCUUAACGAUUUCAGAUAGGGGGCAGAAAUUCUAUCCGGUCGUACCAUAACAGUAUCAAGAGGGCAGCAAAUUCGAUUGUCUGAUGCUUAAUCACCGAAAACUUGGGGUGCGAACCCCAUAUCAUAGAGACGAAAGGUUAGGUACGGCUGACUGAAAAGGCCUAGUGUGACAUAGUAAUCUUCCUUGACCUUGUCGGUUCUUCUCUCCGUGAAAAUUGAUCGCUGUGCGAUUGCCGGUGAAAGGGCGAUUCAGGGCGAAGGGGGACGGAACAUGUCUCGUAGGCAAAAAAAAACAUUCUAACAACAUAGGUCAGUAUAGGUCAGUAUAUUUUAAGCGUAAUAGGCAAUGCCUUUGAAAACCCUAUACGGGUACAGGUGAAAGCGGUGAUCCCGGCAGAGGUCAAGGCGAUCCUCACAGACCGUCCUGCUUUCUUGUCCGCAUAAGUAAUAGUCGCGAUGCGAACGCCGGCGUGGGCUCUUGACUGAGCCUCACGGCGCAAAGCGGCGGACAUGCUCUGUAACCUGAUCAGAAGGCGGCAGUAAAGCAUGGAUAGCCACCCCGGUCGCCCUUGUUCUUUUUGGCACUCCCUCCUUUGCGUAUAGAAAACAUGCAUAAAAUAUUUAUUCUUUUACUCAUUUGGCGGCAAAUUGCGUCUUCUAAAUUUUUUGCCUGAAUAAAGGGUUAUUUUGGACUUAAAAAACCUUUCCAAUUCCCGAAUAAUUUUGAACCUGAUCUGCUGUUAUAGUUGCAUUCAGGGUUUCCAAACCACAAGUUGUAUAUUUUUCCCGCACAGAAAGUCAUGCAUUUCUAUUCUUUAGUAAAAUGAGACUUUACGGGAUUUUAAGAUGUAGCAGUGGAUUUGAGCCAUAUUAUAAACUUUAAAAGCAACAUUUGUCAAUAGGGAAACAAGGUGUUUUGUGGAAGGGCAUUUCACGACCCGAAAAAGUCUCAUAAUUAGAAACUUCUUAAAACCGAAUUAUACACUUCCUCUAGGUAUAAAAUUUUAAGAAGACGUAAUUUUCGACCAAAUGAGUAAAAUAAUGGAUGUUUUUAUGCCUGUUUUCUAUAAAAUAUAUUUGAAGUUAUAAGGGCGUCGAAAGCCGGUGAGAAAAAUUUAUUCUAAUUAUGUAGUCUUUGCAGGCGACCGAAAAGAGGCUCGUUCAAAAGCUGGUGUCCCGUAAAAAUGGUUACUUAAGUAGUCUGCAUUUUUCUCAUCGACUUUCGAUGCCCUUAUAAACUUCAACAUAUUUCGUAGUAAACCUGGACAAAAAUAUUCAUUCUUUUACUCAUUUAGAAGAAGGUUAUAACCUUUUCAAACCGUGCACUUGGCGGAAGGGUAUAAUCCGUUUUUAAAAACGUUUCCAAUUAUGAAAUUUUCUUGGACCGUGAAAUGUUCGUUCAUAAAACAUAUUGUCUCUGCAUUUUCUUAUGUUGCUUGUAGAGCCUAUAAUAUGGCCCAAAUAUACUGCUAAAUUUUAUGAAACCUGUAUGAUCUUCCCUUAUCAGCGCAUAUAAAUGUACGAUAUUCUGUACACGGAAAAUACACAAAUUAUAGUUUGGAACCCUUAAAUGCGAGUGCAAUGGCAAGUCGGGUUUGAAAUCAUUUGGGAAUUAUAAAAGUUUUUAAAAACCGAACUAUACCCUUCCUUAAAGUGCAAAAUUUGAAAAAGACGCAAUUUUCUUCCAAAUGCGUGAAAGAAUGAAUAUUUUCAUGCACGUUCUCCAAGAAGUAUAUCUGAACUUAUAAAGGCAUCAAAAAUCAAUGAGAAAAAUCCGCAUUACUUAAGGGACCAUUUUUACAGCGUGAUUUUUUGCAGUCGGUCCCCGCGUCGUCCGGCGGGGCCUCGUAGCUCAGGUGGUUAGAGCGUUGGCUGCGCUAAAGCCUUCCCCUUACUGCGUGGGUUCGAAUCCCCUCGAGGCGCCGAGUUUUUCACAGUUGGGUCAAUAUGAAUUAUUCGAAAUCUGCCAAAAUAUCAAUGAAUUAUGCGAGCCUGGUAGUCAGCUGGUGGAUUUUAGGUGAAUUACUUAGGAAAUCCUGCUUGGGCAGUCAACUUACCGUAUCAGAUUUGGUGGAUUCCAGACGUUGCAGUAGGUUGGGCGGGUAACUUGACCCAAAUGUGAUUAAACUCGCGUCGUCCGGCGGGGCAUCGUAGCUCAGGUGGUUAGAGCGUUGGCUGCGCUAAAGCCUUCCCCUAACUGCGUGGGUUCGAAUCCCACCGAGGCGCCGAGUUUUUCACAGUUGGGUCAAUAUGAAAGAAUUUCGUUCAAAAGCUGGCGUCCCGAAGCAACUGAUAUAUUUCGGAAUUAUGCUGCAUGGUAAUUAAUAUUACAACCCCACUCAAGCAAUCUUUUCAAGUUAAAAAUGUAUUUCUGAAUUUUGGUUGACAGUUCACGGUUAGCACACCUACUGUACAUAUUACAUUAUGAUACAGGUAACUGAAUUAUUAUGGGAUUACGCUGCUCGGUGACUAAUAUUAAAACCCUAUUUAAACAAUCUUUUCGAUUUGAAAACGCAUUUCAGAUUUUUGGUUAGCAUUUCACGAGUUAGCACCACAACUUCAGGUGCAACGGCAGAUCGAGUUCAUAAUUAGUCCGAAAUUGGAAAAAGUUUUCUCAAACCUAAUGACGCUCUUUCUCUCAGUACAGAAUUUGAAGAAGGAAUGAUUUUCUACCAAAUGAGUAUGAUAAAUAGUAUUUCUGGGGGUUUCUAUGAAAUAUGUUUGAAUUUGUAAAAACAUCAAAAGUCGAUGGUAAAAGCGCACACGGUACAUCUGUAGUCUUUUUUACGAAAUGCGGUUUUUGCAGAUGGUUUAAAGAAAGUGCCCUUAAAAGAUAUCACUCCAAUUUGUCAAAAUAACACAGGAUUGCGUCGUCUAAGGAAAAACGCAUCUCCCGAUUUUGGUUAACAGUUUAUGAGACUGGUUACUAACUGUGCCUGUGUGGACUGUGGACGUCUACUGACCACCUUCUAUUUCAAAUUUAAUAUACAUCUGCGUCUAAAGGAAAAACGGAUUGCUAACCAUAUUUAAGUAGAUCUAAGCGGAGGGUGUGUUUUGUUAUUUCAGAAAUUCCUGCAUUAUCUUCAAGCUGAGAUGCAAAGCGCUGAGAUGGCUUGCGAGGAGGGACUUAGGUGCAGCGAACGCUGGUCGGAGGAGUGGGAAAUGAAUCGGCAGUUGAUUCUGGACCUUAAUCCCCUACGGAAGAACCAGAAUAUUCCAAAGACACCCUAA